AUGGCCAAUGAUGAGCAUCUUCGCAAGGCCUUCUCCUACUUUGAUAGGGAUGGUAAUGGCUAUAUUGAGCGAGAUGAGCUUCGGGAUGCCUUGAUGGAAGAUGGAGCAGAUGAUUGUAUAGAUGUAGCAAAUGACAUCUUCCAAGAAGUGGACACAGACAAAGAUGGGCGAAUUAGUUAUGAUGAAUUUGUGGCUAUGAUGAAAACUAGAACAGAUUGGAGAAAGGCUUCUACGCAUUAUUCAAGAGGGAGAUUCAACAGUCUAAGCAUUAAGCUGAUAAAGGAUGGUUCUCUAAACUUGGGGAAUGAGUAA